UGAUAAGUGCUAACAACGAGUAUGGUCGACAGGGAAUUAUCGAUCAUCUAAAUAACGGGAUGCAAUUUGCUAAAGAUUUUCUUGGUUCAGAAUCCAUAGCACGAACAGUAGCAGAAUUCGUAGUGCGUGCCUUCCAAAACGCAAACGCAGCCCCCUCCAAACCAAUACGACAUCGCCCGGUUAACAACGCUUAUACCGACUAUACUUCAAACGAGGAGACGUUUGACAAACGACCUAAUAACGAUGUCAAUGACGGCUACCUGCCCAUGACACCUUUGAGGCAUUUGGUGAAAUUGUUUGGACUGCAACCUAAUCAAAUUAGUGCAGUCGCUGUUAACGCGCUUGUAUUUGUCGCUCAAAUGAUAUCUACCUUCCUGACCGGCCCAAAACGUCCUGGCCGAUUGCGUCACUCCGAAGAUUCUACGUCUUGGAUAUUGAACAAAAACUCCAGAGCACUGCAAGACCUUCUAAAAACUGCCAAAAACGAAAGCCUUCCAGACACUCUAGACGAUUUAAUAACACAGCAAGGGUCUGAAGAAGAAACCAGCUGCAUUAGAUUACUUGUUUGUAAGAUAAUUCCUUUUGUCACAAGGAUGCAGAGAACUGUAUUCGGUAACGAGACCCUAGAUAGCAAUGGAGAUAUUCGUGGGUCGGCCAGUUUCUAUCGACACUUGCCUUCCAGUGACGAGAUUAAUGAUAGAAGUGAGGUUUGUGAGCGAAAACACAAGGAUUGUAAUUUAAACGACUGACAUGAGUCACUCAAUAUAACAACUCAACCAAUAAAUUCGUAAUAAGCUACCAAUCUUGGAUACAAGAGCACGACGUAACUAAAUUUUUGGUAUUGUAUUGUAUCAAACGUACUACAAUAGUUAGCAUUUAACUAUUAUAAUACGGUAACUCCAUACAAACGUAGCAACGCGACUUGUAUGUGAGCACGCCCGCCGCGCGCUGUGUACAGACCAGACGCACACAUUCGCAUAAUUUCGCGGUGGACUCGCGCUGCAUACGGCGGCCUUUCCACCAUAGAUGUGCGACGUAGCGAGGCGGUGUGCGAGGAAAAAUCCACCGAUACGAUUUCUUCAUUUUUUUAGCCUCGCUUUGCGCAGCUCUGGUGGUAAAGGGAACGGAGCUAAGGACAUUAUUACACAUUUGUACAUACAUACAAAAAAGCUAGAGAUGUGUGCAAGGAAUGUGUGCGAGGAAUGUAUGCGAGGUACGCAUCCUUGCACCGCCUAGCUACCUCGCACAACUUUGGUGGAAAACAUCACACCAUUUCACAGCGCCACUACACAUCCUCGCACACCGCCUCGCUACCUCGCACAUCUCUGGUGAAAUCGUCGCUGGUCGCCCGCACCUUUAAGUAUAGAAUGAAGCAGUCACUCAGUGUUUAGAAAAUGACGUCAAAUAGUUUAUUGUCGUGUUUGAAGUUGUUUGAACAAGAGUGCCUAAAAUUAAGAAUUGUUCAGCAUAUAUAUAUAUCCGCGAUACUAGUACAAAAAUAUCAAUACGUGAGGACUGCAUUUAACAAAGCUCAUUUCAAUAAAGCAUGAGAAUACUGUGAACAUUUUAAUUUUCUAAAAUUAAGUUUAGGUACAACUAAAAUAAUAAUGUGAGGCAUGACAACCCUACGCUCCGAACAAAGAGUAGGCCUUUACGUGCCGCCGCCCGCCGAACUGCGGGAGUUGCCCUACUUAUCUUUGAUAUACCAUGGCUAGAGACACUAUCACCGCCACCAUUUGCUGGAUAUUCUGCCCUCAAAACAAACAAAAGCACAAGCAGCAAAUUCAAAAUUCAGAGACGAGCUUAAAGAUUUUCUAGACUUUUCUGAUAAAAAGAAUACUUAAAAUAUGUUUUUGAUAUUAAGUAGUUUAUUUACGUUAAUUACACGU